AUGGAGCAAGGCAUCAGCGACGCCGGCAGAAGGCUUUUGUGCGCCGUGAAGAACGUCCACUGGAACGCCCGUUUGGAACAGUACGUGGAAGCAUAUGUCCUGGCUGUCCAACCCUGUCAGGAUGUGUCUGAUAUGCUUGUUGAUGGCGAAGACCCAGACUCUGCGACUCCGCGGAUUUGGCUUGUCUGCCGAACCGCGCCGACCGAGCCUUGCGAAAAUGUAGGGAGGCAGUCAGUUGCUCGAUGCCUGCAUCCGGGCGAAGCUGCUGCGGGUGUCUGCUGGGAGUUCAUGCGCCGGGAUACUUGGGCUCCGACUGUGUGCAAGUGGCACGAGUUUUUGGUCGCCAAGACCCAGUUGCAUGCUCCGUCGCCCCAGAUGUCAUUGGAGAUGCUCGACGAAGCCAUGAAGUACGUAGUAAUUCGGCCUGGGCAGAAGGGCUUUUUAAACAAACCUGCCUACAGCUCAGACGUGCGCGCCUGCACGCGCAAGACGGCCAGAAUCGAUGCAGUCACGCGAGAAGAGCACGAAGCCGCUGGGGAUGCCUGUGGCCAGCAGCUCCGCGGCAAGAGGCACAGAAACCUGCCUUCCUUUCAGCACAAGCCCUUGACCGUCGCUGUGCCGGUUAUCAAAGUGUUAGAGAAUCGAGUGUACGUCUUGCUCCAGAACCUGCACGUCCUCUUGCCGUUGAAGCGUUGCCGACUGGCAACUCGGGAGGGCACCAUGAAGUUUGCGGCGCACCGCCUGGUCGCGAGCCUGUCUCCAUGCAUCCCUGAGGAAUGCUACGACACGACGGACGAGGAAAGCUACGGGUUUGUGCCGGACGAGCUGCACAACGUGGUCAGUGGCCUUCUCGCUUGGCUGAUGCCCCGAGCAGGUUUUAGUAUGUCGGAGUCAGAAAUGGAGGCUGCAGAGGUGCAAGCCGUGUCAGUGACGUUCGUGCAGAUGCGCUAUUUGACAGCGUACGUGCGCUUCCUGAAAGCGCGAGAGUGGGUGGCGAAGGAUGAAGGUGCUGUU